CGCUGCAAAUCAAUUUGCGCUCCGGCGUCCAAUAUUUUCGUUCAAACUUUUGCCAUAUAUUAAACAUCAAAAAAAUUGUUACUGGAUGGUGAGGAUWACAGAAGUCACAGCUCGGGAUAUACGUUUUCCCACAUCCCUGGAGCUCCAUGGAUCUGACGCAGUGCACAAAGCCCCAGAUUAUUCUGCUGUUUAUAUUGUGAUCAAGACUGAUAGACCUGAUGGUUUAAAAGGUUAUGGUUUCACCUUCACUUUAGGUCGUGGCACAGAGUUAGUUUUAGCUGCUGCACUUGUAUAUGGGAAUAUGAUAACKGGGAAAUGUACAGAGGAAAUAUUUACAGAUUUUGGUACUUUGUGGAGAGAGCUAGCACACGAAGAACAGUUGAGAUGGCUUGGUCCAGAGAAAGGCUCAAUACAUCUUGCUUUAGCUGGUGUUAUCAAUGCAUUAUGGGAUUUAUGGGGUAGAAUGGAAGGAAAGCCUGUGUGGAAGCUUCUUGCUGAUAUGAGCCCUGAACAACUUGUAUCAACUAUAGACUUCAGCUAUUUAUCUGAUGUAAUGACAAAAGAGGAAGCCAUAGAAAUGCUCAAGAGAAAUUCUCCUACUAAACAUGACAGAGAGAAGGAACUUCUYUCUGAUGGUUACCCUGCGUACACUACUUCAGCUGGCUGGAUUGGUUACACAGAUGAACAAAUUGUGGAUCUUUGUCAAAAAUACAUGGCAAAAGGAUUUACAAGAUUCAAGAUGAAAGUUGGUGGUGAUAUUCCUGAUGACAUGCGGCGAGCAGAAAUUCUWAGAAAAACAUUAGGACCAGAUAAAUUUUUGGCCAUGGAUGCUAAUCAACGAUGGGAUGUUGGAGAAGCCAUUGAUAUCAUGAAACAAUUAGCAAAGUUUCAACCCAUUUGGAUUGAGGAACCAACAUCACCUGAUGAUGUAUUAGGACAYGCAGCAAUAUCUAAGGCUUUAGCACCUCAUGGCAUUGGCGUAGCAACUGGUGAACAUUGCCAAAAUCGUGUCAUGUUUAAGCAGUUCUUACAAACUGGUGCAAUGCAGUUCUGUCAAAUUGAUAGCUGYAGGUUGGGRGGAUUAAAUGAGAUACUAUCUGUACUAUUCUUGGCURCCAAAUUUGGAGUACCCGUAUGCCCUCAUGCUGGUGGUGUUGGCUUGUGUGAAUACGUACAGCACAUCUCAAUAUUUGAUUAUCUCUGUGUAUCGGCCUCUCUAGACAAGAGAGUAAUCGAGUUUGCCGACCAUCUACAUGAACACUUUGUCGAUCCUGUGAUUUUGAAUAAUGGCAAAUACAAGGUGCCAAUGUCUCCAGGUUACAGUGCAGAAAUGAAAUCUCAAUCUCUCGAUGCYUUCGAAUAUCCAAAUGGUACUGAGUGGCAAAGAAUGUUCAAAGAAGGAAAAUUCGAAGCACCAAAGUAAAUUGUAUUUAUUUCUUAAAGGUACAUAGUCAACYAUGAUGCACAGCGGUCGUAGAUCGUUUUAUCCUUUUGCGGCCAUCUUGGAGAAACUUCAACAAGAGAUUUCUCAUUAGUAUCUAUUGUUCAUUCCUCCAACAUGGCCGCCGGUCUUUUGUCUUUUAAAUCUCAUGGGAAUGAUUGAACAUGAUCAAGUAGACGUGAUGUUUUUAUAAAUAUAAAAAAAUAUAUAUAUAAACAAAGAAGUGCUUGUUGAUUUUGUUCAUAUUUCUUUUACGAAAUCGUGGAUGACGAUGAAUCUUUAAU